AUGCCCGUGGCUGUCGAGACGAUGGCAACUACACCGAAUUCACAGAGCGCUAUGGACAGCGCAAGUAACGCGGAUAAGAAGCGCAACAAGUUGGGGUAUCAUCGGACAUCUGUCGCAUGUGUGCAUUGUCGACGACGAAAGAUUCGAUGCCUGGUAGCUCCAGACGACGCGCAAGGACGUUGUGAGAAUUGUAUCCGGUUAAGAAAAGAAUGCCAGUUCUUCCCUGUCGAUCAACAGCCACCAAUUGAGAAGAAAUCCCGGCCAAGUUCACGAUUGGAGACACAGCCGACAGACCCUACGGCGACGACACCAAUCUCCUCUUCACCAACGAAUCUGAACCCUGAAUCCGUUGACGCCUUUUAUUCUUACCCGCAAAUGCCAUUAAAUGCUUCAUCCUCAGCUCAAGACAUGACUGGCUUCCACCCAGCAGCCUUCGCUGGUCACCCUAUGUCGGGCUUCACACCUGAUCGCUCAAUGGGCACCGGAGAAUUCGCGGCACAUCCAACUAUGGAAACAGGGGUUCCCUGGGACGAAUUUACGACGAUAUCGGACCCCCAGAUGCUGGCAACUAUGGCCGCCAACAAGAACCAGAUGAUGAACUUGUCACCAAACGUAUGGACUCCCGGAUCAUCUGUACCCUCGGGAUUACCGCCUAGCUCGCCCAUGUCCGGAGCCUCUCAAAUGUCAGGCCACACACAACCUAUGAACACUCCAACCUACGCUAUGCAACCUGAUGGAACCGUUUGGCAAGUUCCACCACCACCGCAACCAUCCAGAGCCAUGAGUUACCCAGGACAGGCCAUGAGCCCUACAUACCCCCCCCAAUUUCAACCUCAAAUGCCACCGGACUUGAAGAGAAGAAUGACGACCCCGGCUCAAUCCCUUUCAGCCCCGAAUGUGGGCGCACACACCUCACCCGCAUCUACUCCUGACAUGCCAUCCGCGCCUGGUCCUGUGCCCUACCCCGCUCAAUCGGGUAUGGAUUUCCAGCAAUGGCCCAUGAACAUGACGCCGAACAUGGGUGUUGUUCCAUACCCGAUGUACACCAGCGAAGCGGGCCCUCAACCUCCAUUCACUACCCAUCCGCCCCCAAUGGGACACCCCGGCCCUACAGGCCACUCCGGGUCAUAA